ACUCCGACGCCCCGCAUACACCAUGGUCGCGCCCACGCUCAUCUCCGUCGACGUCUCGAAGCCCGCUUGGGAGCAGGAUCCCGAAAAGCCGCUCCACAACCGCUGGCACCCGGAUAUUCCGGCCGUCGCCUCGGUGAAAGAAGGCGAGGUCUUCAAGGUCGAAUGCAUCGACUGGACGGGGGGCCAGAUCAAGAACGACGACAGCGCGGACGACGUGAAGGGCGUCGAUCUCAGUCAAGUCCACUACCUCUCGGGCCCCAUCGCCGUCGAGACGGCAGAGCCCGGCGAUCUGCUCAAGGUCGAGAUCCUCGACCUCGGCGCGCUCGAGACCUGGGGCUUCACGGGCACGUUCCACAAGGACAACGGCGGCGGCUUCCUCACGGACCACUACCCCGAGGCGACGAAGGCGUGCUGGGACUUCGAGGGCGUCUACUGCAAGUCGCGCCACAUCCCCGGCGUCAAGUUCGCGGGGCUCAUCCACCCGGGGCUCAUCGGCACGGCGCCGUCGAAGGAGCUCCUCGACAUGUGGAACGCGCGCGAGAAGCAGCUCCAGGACGAGCUCGGCACGGGCAAGCAGAAGACGCUGUGCUCGUGCCUCGCGACGCGGCCCCUCGCGUGCCUGCCCGAGCCCGCGGGCGCGCUCCUCGGCAAGCUCGGCCACUUCAAGCACGGCGCGAAGCACGCGUCCUGGGCCGCCGUCGCCGCCGAGGCCGCGCGGACCGUGCCCGGCCGCGAGAACGGCGGCAACUGCGACAUCAAGAACCUGAGCCGCGGCUGCGCGGUCUACUUCCCCGUCUUCGUGCCCGGCGCGAACCUGUCCAUGGGCGACAUGCACUUCUCCCAGGGCGACGGCGAGGUGAGCUUCUGCGGCGCCAUCGAGAUGUCGGGGUGGCUUGAGCUCAAGUGCACGGUCAUCAAGGGCGGCAUGAAGCUGCUGCCGGCCGUCGGCCCGAGCCCGCUGAGCGUGAACCCGCUCUUCGAGAUCGGCCCCCUCGAGCCGCGCUACUCCGAGUACCUCGUCUUCGAGGGCAUCUGCGUCGACGAGCGCGGCGAGCAGCACUUCCUCGACGCGACGCUCGCGUACAAGCGCGCGGUGCUCAACUGCAUCAAGUACCUCGCCCAGUUCGGCUACACGGAGGAGCAGAUCUACCUGCUCCUGAGCUGCUGCCCCUGCGAGGGGCGGCUCUCGGGCAUCGUCGACGUGCCCAACGCCGUCGCGACGCUCGCCGUUCCCCUCGCGAUCUUCGACCGCGACGUCCGGCCCUCGGGCACGGCGCUCGAGAUGCUCGCCGCGGGCGUCCGCGUCGAGACGACGCAGGCCAAGGAGUCCGACGUCACCGCGGCGGCGAUCCCCUACGACGCCAAGCUCGACCGCUGCGUGCCCUGCGCGCCCUAGAGCCCGAGAGUCGCGGCGGCCGCGCUCGAGAAGCCCCGUCCCCCGCUCGACACCCACGGCGGCCGCGCUCGAGAAGUCCCGCCCCCCGCUCGACACCCACCCAAGCACCCUACCCGCGGGGGGCGUGCACAUACCCCGCAUGUCGAUAGAAUCCAAUGGUAAAGCCUGAUCAUAUC